CUUUUCAUUUUGUUUGAAAUGAUUCUUAAUGGUGUCAUAGGGAAAUCUUGUACAAAAGUUAGUCCGUGUUCUUGCAAGAUGGACGACGGAUUUGUAGUGGAUCUUUCUUCUGUAUCUAGGAAUGAUCAAACACCAUAUUUUCAGGACGUCGCAAAACCUGGUUCCAAUAAUGAACUGUAUUCCUUCAAUCCAUGCAGUGGUUUUACUGAGGGAACAGGAUCCUGCAGUGAAGUUGCGUUAUGUCUUAUAACCAUCAGUGGACCAAUAGAACAAUACAAAUCUUUGGGCUCCCAAAAUUCAACCACAUUCUCCGUUAACGGUGACUUCAUAGAUAUGCAUUAUUCGGACGGAGAUGGCGGGACUUCAUCAGUUGUUCACAUUUCUUGUAAUGACGGUACAUUAGGAAGUUUUGAACCGAAGGGGAGCACCGGAGGUCCAUAUGAAAUAAACCUGUCAACAAAACUGGCCUGUAAUAAUAGCUCCUCCAAGUUAUCAGUUGGUACGAUCAUUCUCAUUGGAUUUGUCUCCGUUUUAUUGCUGUAUAUAUUGGUUGGGGUCCUAAUACAGAAGUUUGUUAGAAAGCAGAGCGGGAGACACGUGAUUCCUAAUUAUCAACUUUGGAGCAGUAUACCUGGCAAUAUAAAGACAGGUAUUAUUUAUACCGUGAAGUGUGGGAAAACAGGACAUCAUUUUGAUAAAAUCUAACUCGACUUCAAU